UGGCAUUAUGUGCAAAGCACGAAUGUUAGUGUAGCGGAACAGAGGGGCUCUCAGCCGCAACACGAAAAGCCCGGACCGAGACUGCAGGCUUUUCCACGAUGCUUCUCAGUCCAGUAUCAGCUUCGUCAUCGUGCUCGGGCGUUGCACCCGCGAACAUCCCGCCCCUGUUGUCCGUCCUCAAGGUGCUCCCUGCGGACUGCGUGCGGGCGAAUCUGGUGUCGUCAUGGGGAAGGCUCAACGACGCGGAUAGCAGCGGCGCGCAUGCACCCAUAGAGCCCCACCAGUGGCUACCCGGCGCCUGGACGCCAUCACUGUUCGGGCUUAGCCGAGAAUGGCGCGUCUACGCGCGCUGCGUGCUCACGCACACGCUCACAGUGGACCUGGCCAUUGCAGUAUCACUACAACGGCCCGAGAUGCGCAGCAGCAGCAGCGGCGGCCCCGGCUCGGAGCCGGACGCCGGCUCCCUAGAGUAUUUCCUGUCCGGCUUCCCCUCGCUGCAGCACCUCACCAUCCUCGCCGGAAACGGCGGCGCACCCGUUGACGAGAACGCGCGCCCGCCCGGCGAGGCCAACCCCAACACGGCAUCUCUGGCCAUGGCGGAGCCCUUCGGUGUGGCGCUGGCAGCCCAGCAGUUGCUCGGGCUGGACCGGCCGCGCGGCGCCACGCCGGUGCCAGAACUGCUGGCAGGCGGUGCCAGGGCAGGAGGCGGCGGCACUGGCGCCUAUGGGAACGGCUCGCAGGCGUCGCCGUCGGGCCACCCGCGCCUGACGUCGUUGGAGCUGCGUAUGCACCCCGCGGUGUGGCGCGUGCUGUCCGGCAGCGAGCCCGACCAGUUCCUGCACCGCCUCACCGCUGUGUACCCAACCGUGGAGUCAUUGACGCUGCACGUGGCGGCGCCCAUGCCGCCGCCGGCGUCGCCGAUGGCGGCUGCGGCUGCGGCAGCGGCGGCAGGGCCGCUGCCGCCCUGUGCGCGCGUCAGCGUGGCGGCGCUGUCGGCGCUACCGGCGCUGACCAGCCUGCGUUUGGCGGGCCCUAUACUGGUGGAGGGACUGGCGGAGCUGACGCAACUGCAGUCGCUGAGCCUGGAAGGUGUGAGCCCGGGCAGCGUGCAGGGCAGCCUGGGUGUGCUCACCGGCCUCACCUGCCUGCGCUUCGCGGAGACGCACCACCGGCCCAUGGCGCAGGACGCCAGCGCCAUUCCGCCCACCCGCAACAAGGGCGUCACGGCCGCCGCCAUGCUGCACAUGCAGAUGCACGUGCCGCGCGCGGUGCCCAACCAGGCGCCCACGCUGCGCGCGCUGCACCUGCCUGACGUCACCGUGGGGCCCAUGGAGUGGCCGGCUCUUCUGCGGCUGUGCCCGCUGCUGCAGGAGCUGGAGGUGGCGUCGGCGCUUCCGCCGCGCAAAGAGCUGGUGCCGCAAGCGCUGCCGGAGGGGCACCGGCCGCCGCGGCCGUCCGCGGCGGCGGCACAGGCCGCAGCCGCAGCGGCGAUGGCCUCUGGCGCGUCUGGCAGCGUGCCGGACUGGUUCGUGCGCGCGACGGCAGGAGACGAGGCGGUGCUCAGCCACGGCACGAAUAGCGGCUCGUCAGCUCGCAACGUCCGAAACGGGGACGGCUCAUUGGACAGCGGCCCGAAGAACGGGGCCGACGAGGUCCGCGGGCAGCACGGCGGUGCGGCGGCGGGCGGCGGCUGCCCCUUUGCGACUGCGUUUGGCGGCAGCGGCGGAUCCGGCGGCGGCACAGCGGCGGCGGGCAAGGCCGCCGGGCCGCCGGGCAAGAGCGCGGUUGCGGGUCUGCUGACGCUGCGAGGGGUGAACCGGCUGGUGAUGUGGCACUACAUGGGGCCGCACGACAUGAUGCUGCUGCUGCAGCACAUGCCCGACGUGCAGGAGCUCCACGCCCCGCUGAUGAUGGAGGACCCACCGCACGUGCCCGCCGCCAUGCUGCGCCCCGCCGCGGUGGCCAUGCUGCGCCCGCUCAUCGACACCAUACGCCACAUGCGCUCCGUGCGCCUGGACGUGAGCUGCGACCCCGCCGCCGUGACCGGGCAGCUGGCGGUCGUGUUCCUCAUGGAGUCGGGGCUGGCGGAGAUCCGUGGCAUGCACCGGCUGGCGCUGAACGUGUGGGUGGCGGCCGAGGCGCAGCUGGGCGCGCUGGUGGUGCUGGCGCAGCUGCGUAGCCUGGACCUGACGCUGGGCAAGCAGGAGCAGGAGAGCGAGCUGUCGGUGCUGACGCGGCUCACGCGCCUGUCGUACCUGUCGCUGCGCAUCACGCCCGGCGUCUGGAACGAGAUCCAGGGCCGCACUGGCCGCGUCAGCGCCGGCGCCGCGCUGCGCCUCGCCAUGUCCUUCGCCGCUGGCCAGACGCUGCUGCUGGUUGCGGACGUGCACCGCGAGAUCUGCGAGGAUGAGGCUAUCAGCCUGGUCAAGAGCGUGGAGAUGACGGCCGGCGAGCCCGGAGCCGCCUGGGCGGUGUCGGCCUGGGUGGAGGAGACGGCAGAGUGCAUCGGCAUCGGCUUCGGACCCGGCGGCGGCGGGUCAGCGACCAUGGGCGGCGGCGGCGGGGGAGGCGGCGGCGGUGGCGGAGACGGUGUCGUGCUGCGUGUGGUGUGGACGCCGGAGCUGGUGCGGCGGCUGCUGGGGGUGGUGGCGACGGUGGAGGGCGGGCAGUGUGGUGGCUUGGCGGUGUCGUUUAUGAGUCUGGAGGAGGAGCGCCUGGGCCGCGUGCUGGGCAGCUAAAGGGCUACCUGCAGCGAGUGCCGGGGCUGCAGCUGUAGAGCAGCGGCGGGCGCGAAAGGUCAUGCCGCGGCUGGGUGUUGCGUGUUCCGAGCCAGCGAUGCGGGGCCACUGGGCGCCGUCGUGUGCGGCAGCUUGAUGCAGUGGUACCUGAGACGGUUAAAGGUGGGAGCGGCCGCUUUGGGUCCCGGGCCCGUGCGCCCGAGUACGGCGCCAAGGAGCAAGAUUGGCGCAACAGGGUGGUGCGUUGUCAGGUUGGUGCGAUGAGGGCUUCUGGCCUGAGCAAGCGCAUGGCAUCUGCAUCUACACAAAAUGGGUGUGUGCCGAGCGCUAGUGGCUCCUGCGCUGGGGUGAAAAAGUUGUCGAUCACUUGAUUGCAAACUUGCACCGCCGGUGUUCGGCCCAUAUGCUCUUCGAGUCCUGGAGAAGCGGAACAGGAGAGGCCGGCCCGGUCUGCAUGCAGGUUCUGAGUUUGAGUAGACUGACUGCAUCACGGUUUGCUGAGGAGUAUGGCAGCAUCGGCUGCGCAGUACAACGGCACGCCUGGCCAUGCAGGGCAUCCGCGCAUGGAGUGGGGGAACGCCGCUGUCUUGCUUUUACGCCCGGCACCGAUGGCUGCGGGUUGCCAGGACUCCGGUGUUGGUGUGGUUGGCGAUUUGCAUACGUACCAUAACAUUCAAUCGCAUGUCGAUGGCAGAUUAACGUCAUUAGUUAAGCGGGACCGGCCUUUUCAUCUUUAAACCGGGCCAGGCGCCGCGCCCCACCCGCACGGAGCGGCCACCAUCCAGUGACGGGGCCGCCUUCGCCCUAUGAGUUUGGGCACUUGGUGUCGGUGGCUGUGAGUAUGGGGGCUAUCGGCCGCCGAAGCGGCGGCCUCCCCUCGUCGACGGAAUGUUGCUUUUAGCACCUGUCAGAAUGGCUGGCGGUGGGUGUGUGAUGGGACAGGGUUCAGGCAGGUUGGCGAGGUCCCACUGUCAGAAUGGCUGGCGGUGGGUGGCGGUGCACGGUGGCAGUGGGUGAGGCAGGUUUCGUGGGCGCGAUGUCCCAAACGGUUGUAGUCGAUUGACCGUCAGCACCCUGACCAUUAGUUUGCGCACGGUUUGGCCCCAACAACGAUUGUCACGUAUGCAACAACAGGCAACAAAGGCAAGGUGUUGACGUACGACGGAUGGAUGUUGACACGGGUAGGAAAGGGGGUUACGGCGGUAAUCAUGGAUGGCGACACACGGCGGUAUUCUGUGGGCAGGGGCAGUUGUGAAGUUUGCACAUGUGAAUAUGCGUGGUUUCUCAAUCGAGUGGCCCGCCGCGGCGCCGCCACGGGUAACGUGGGCUGAGAGCGGGAACCUUAACAAGGUAUCGUGUGCCCCUAAUAAACGCGUGCGUUUUGCUAUUGAUUAAUUUGCGUGUUUGUGCGCGGUUGGCGAGGGCUGAGCGCGAGGUUGUCAUUGUGCGCAUAAGGGGGCGUAGUUGGCGUACAUUGCAUUUGUAACAAGAGGGACCACAAGCCAGUGACGUGGAACGUCCAUACUCCCGUAGUGUGCCGCGUAUUCUGCAUCCAAACAGGCAAACACGCCUCACCCAGCCCGGCCGGCACCCACCGUCCCCGGCCGCGGUCCCUGUGCAAGGGGGCAUUUCAGGGCUCAGGUAAGGGCAGGUCAUGGGCGCGCGUCGUACGCAGUCAAGCAAGCUAUGGUGCCAUGGGUGGCUAAAAGUAACAGCGCAUAGUGCUGGCGUGGGCGCGAGCGCGGAGUUCUCCUUACGACCAACGCAAUGAGACGGCUUGCGCCAGGCUGCAGCCACUGCAGCGCGUCGCAUGCAUGGGUGUCACGGUAUCCCCCGUGCUGAUAGGUCCCCUGCAUCCCCUGACGGAAUUCGUGAUGCCAUAUCGUGACAAGGGGCGGCUGUGCGGAGCGUGGGGUUGUGUUGGACAGCUUCGCACACGCCGCCGUCCGAAAUUCAAGUCUGUCGACGAAGGGGGGCCGCUUCGGCUCCAGACACCCCGCCGAGUCAAGCAGGGGUUCCACGGCAUGCUAGCGAGCGGGCGCGAGGCGUUGCUGUUGACCCGUGUUGGGCGUGUGGGGUUGACAUGCAGGAUGGGGACCGGCGUCACUGGUUUUGCUCUGAGUGCCUUCUCUCGUGAGGAGUUGUGGUUGGUGCGCCCGCCUGCGGGGCUUGCGCCACCUGUGUGGGAUGUGGUGUGUCUCGCUGCUAUGUCUGCCCUGGACUUUGGUCGGCAGCGUCCGGUUAUGGCCGGGCUGGCGGCGCGAGCGAAGCUGCCGUCGGCCCGGGUGCUGAGCGUUGGACUUGCCGUUGUAGCUGACUUCUGGGGUCGUCUCCAGACGUUUGUGACUUUGGGUAUCAGGCCAAAGGGUUGGGACACUGUGCCGUCUGCGCAUCCUUUCAUCUCUCGGGCUGUUGGUGAAGGCAUGGUAUUGCGCUUGCCGUAUGACGCUGAUUCCCCGCCUCCCUCGCCGUGAGAGGUUGUGGGUGGUUGCGGGCUUGGUGUGUGGGCAGGACGCACGUGUGGGCGACCGUUCUAGUGCCUGGACGCUUGCGCCCUGGUUAGUGCGUGCGCUGUGCGUGUGUGCUGCGGCCUGGACGAUUCCCUGCACUCCGGUGCCUAGGCUUGUGUGGCGUUGAGGCACAGCGGUGGGGCUCUGGCGGGUUGAGGCUUGGCUAGGACUCACUGUGCGCGGAGUCACACGGACUUUAACCGCGGGAGGGUUUGCAGCAAAGUCGGGGUUGGUGGAGUCAAGUUGGGCCCUGAUAGCAUGUGAUGGCUCGGCGUCUUGGGGUGCUGGGACUGUCCCCUCUGUAAAAUCCGCAUUCA